AUGACGAGGAAGGACAAGGGAAAGGUUGUCGUCGAAGGAGUCGCCGGAGACAAGUAUUUGGCAGCUAUUAUUUCGGGUCAAGAUCCGAAAUCGUUUAAGGAAGCAAUGAAACACGAAGGGUGGAAGAAAUCAAUGCAAGAAGAAAUUCGUGCUUUAGAAGAUAAUGAAACGUGGACUUUAGAGGAGUUACCACCGAGAAAACGUGCUCUUGGUAGUCAGAGGGUUUUAAGAACUAAAUUUCUUUCUUAUGGAGAUGUGGAGCGUUUAAAGUCACGAUUGGUUGUCUUCGGUAAUCAUCAAAUGGAAGACAUUGACUACAAUGAGACUUUUGCUCCCGUUGCUAAAAUGACUACUAUUCGAGCCUUUCUAGCCAUUGCUGCAUCAAAAAGUUAA